AUGGGCAGGAUUGCAUAUAAUGGAGGACUUGGAGGUGGUUUCAAGGGUAAAAUUCUCUAUAAAGUACGGUGGAAAGGAUAUACCUCUGAUGAUGAUACCUGGGAACCAGAGGUUCAUUUGGAAGACUGCAAAGAAGUGCUGCUUGAAUUCAGAAAAAAUAUUGUGGACAAUAAGCCUAAACCCGUUAAAAAAGACAUACAGAAACUAUCAUCUCUAAAUGAUGAUGUAUUUGAAGCAGAAUCUGACAGUGACUGGCAAAAUGAAACAAAAGAUGAUGUUUCACUGAAGAAGAAAAAGAAGAAGUCAAAAGAUGGAGAGGAUAGAAGUCCAGAUGAUCUGAAGAAGAAAAGGUCUAAGUCUGUGAAACUCCAAGAAAAACCCAGAACAGAAUGUGAAAAUUCCUCAGAUACUUUGGUUGCAGAUUCAAAACCAAAAAAAAGGACUGCAGAAACCAAGGAGGAUUCAAAGGACCCAAAGAAGCAAAGGAAAGAAGAUACUAAAGAAGUCAAGAAAAAGAAGGGAGAAGUUAAAGAUGUAAAAAUAAAAUCUAAAGAAGAUUCUAAAGAAAAUAAAAAAUCACGGAAGGAAAAGCAUACAGAUGUUCAGUUUGACUCAGAAUCAAGUACUCUAGACAAUGUAUUUUCUCAAGGAACUGAUAAUGAAAAUUCAGACUUAAUUUCUGAAAAUAAAGAUGAGAAGCAAAAGGUAGUAAGUGGAGAAGACAGAUUGGAACAAGAAAUUGCUGAAGAAGAUUCCAUUGCUGAUAGACAUUUUGCUGGAUCAGCAAGUAAUGAAGAUGAUAGCGUUGUUGUUAAUGUUAAAAGAAAGAAUAAAAAAAUGCGGAAAGCUGAAGUUUAUAAAGAGGAAGGUAGAAAAGUGGAAACUCAGGAUAUCUAUCUAGAGAAGAAAAACAUGCACAAAAGGCAAAAAGGUCAAGAAAAAGUAAAAAUGGUACCACGAGAGCUGGAGAAAGUGUCACCUGCUCCUUCACCAGUGCAGAAGGGUUUGAAAUUGAGCACUGAUGAAACAGGGCGCAAGUCCAUCGAUUCAGCUGGGGAGGUAAGCAAUGUUAAGGCAUUGGGGUGGGGGCUGGGGAUCAAAUCAAACAUCUCUGAGGUACAGAUAUCUCAAAAGGCUACCGUUCAUGAUGGCAAGGAGAAAAGUACAAACUGGAAAGUUAAUGAGCUGGAUGAAGCUAAAGAAGGGCCCACUGUACAAUGUAUAGGAGAGACUGAAAAAUUUCUGGAUUCCGAACGCUAUAAAAGAGGGAACACUUUAGGAGAGAACG